AUGGCCCUCCAAUUGGCAGAUCGAUCAUUCAAAUUUCCUCAUGGAAUAGUAGAAGAUUUGUUGGUAAAAGUAGGAGACUUCAUAUUCCCUGCUGAUUUUGUGGUGUUGGACAUGGAGGAAGAAGCUAAGGCCUUAAUAAUCUUGGGAAGGCCAUUUUUAGCUACUGAUGGGGUCAUCAUUGAUGUCCAAAAGGGUAAACUUACCCUUAGGCUACAUGAUGAGAAAAUGGUAUUCAAUGUAUUCAAAGCUAUGAGCUAUCCACCAAAGGCACUAGGAGAGUGUAUGAGGCUAGAUGCAGUAGAAACUGUGGUGCAACAGACCUUUGAAGAAGUACUUGGAGAAUUGAUAGAGGGUGACUCCAUGUUAGAUGUUAAGAUUGCUGAUGUCAACUCAGCUGAAAUGCCUAUUCCAAGCACAUUGAAGUACCCAAACUGGAGCUGA